AUGGAUGCUCGUAAGAGAUCCGAUGUCCAGCCUGAUCGUGGUAAGCCGCCGUUGGCUGCAAAGAGUGGUGGUACUAGGGGACUGAAUGAUGGUAAUCUGAAAAUUGCACGUAGAGGUAUUUUUAAGACGAAUGCUGGAUCAAAGCCGAUUAAUGUAAUAGACGAACUUGAAAAGAUUUCUGUUCCGGUUCCUGUUGAAUUCAACGUCACGGAAUCUUCACCGGACAUGGAAGGUUUAUAUGAUAGCAUGCAUGAGGGGGUCACGGGUAAUCAGGUUUCGAAUGAUGAUGGGAGCAACCCUGCUAUUUAUCCGAUUACAGAACCAAGUGUGGGUAUCUCAGAUUUGAAGCUGGAUAGUAUUAAUGUGGGGAAGCCGUUGUCUUAUGCUGAAUCAGUUCUUAGGCAGGAGAAAAAGGUUAAUUUCCGUGCACUUGCUUGUACAACUCAACACGAGGGUUGUGAUGUUGUGCUCCCAAAGGAAUCCGUUCGAGUGGUCCAAGAGAAGCUGUCAAACACGCUGUAUGGGUAUUUUCUUGGUGGCCGAGUAGCUUACCCGGUCGUUGAUUAUUAUGUCAAGAACAAUUGGAAACGAUUUGGUCUACAGAAAAUAAUGAUGAAUGCAAACAGAUUUUUCUUCUUUAAGUUUACGGAUCAGAAAGGUAUGCGGGAUGCUCUUGCUUCAGGUCCUUGGAUUAUUCGGUCUCAACCUAUGUUCCUUCAUGAAUGGACGCCUACUGUCAAGCUUGAGAAACAGGAGGUAAAGAAAAUUCAAGUCUGGGUGAAAAUACAUGAAGUUCCCAUUGCUGCUUAUACGGAGGAUGGCCUUAGCAUGAUAGCUACAGCCAUUGGCGAACCCAAGCUUCUUGAUUCUUACACGUCUUCAAUGUGCAUGGAGUCGUGGGGGAGAAGUAGCUAUGCAAGAGCUUUGAUAGAGAUAUCCGCGGAUAAGGAGUUUAAGGAGGAAAUCACUAUGGCGAUCCCUGAGAUGGAAGGUGAUAGUUUUAUUAAAGAAACCAUGUAUGUGGAAUACAAAUGGAGCCCGCUUAGAUGUUCGUCUUGCUGUGUUUUUGGACAUGAUAAUCACUCGUGUCCAAAGAUGCCAAAGAAAAGGGUUGAUUUCGGUAAACAAGACCGUUUGCUAACUAAUCAAGGAAGUCGGAAAGGGAAAGAGAUACCGAGAGUUGAUGAGGAUGGGUAUAUGGAUGUGCCGAAUAAGAAAACUGCAAAAGGGAGGAGGUAUUCAGAUGAGUCUAAAGGGCAGCCGAAUUCUACCAGUUUUCUUUCUUCUAAUCCGUUUGACGUCUUAAAUAAGAGCAAUGUUGAAAUCGGCCAAAGUAGUAAAGGGGGAAGUGGUAAUCAAGAGGAUUCUGAAGAGGUAGUUGAAGUUUACAAUGAAACAGAUGAUUUUCUAAUGGAAGGGACUCAAAAUGUUAAAGGGGCAAGCACUCCUUCAUCCGGGGUUUCAAAUGAGUCUCACGUUGAUGUUGGCAAUCUUGCGAAGGUUUGUAAUUCUGUUUUCCGUCAUUGGGCUUGGACUUCGAAUGGAAAUUGUUAUGAUAAAGGGACUAGAAUUAUUGUUCGGUGGAACUCGGAUAUAUUUGACGUUUUUGUGAUGGCUCAAACCGAUAAAGUUAUGCAUCUUCAGCUUGUCUUUAAGCUUGAUAAAAAAGUCUUAUUUUGUUCGGUUGUUUACGCAGCGAAUUAUUAUGUUAAACGAAGAGAGCAAUGGCAUCACUUAUCGCUACAAAAGGCUUUACUAGGUGAUAAGUCUUGGGUAAUCAUGGGUGAUUUUAAUGCGGCUCUUAAUUUAGAGGAUCAUUCUAUGGGUUCGUCUUCCAUCUCGAUUGACAUGAGAGAAUUUCAAGAUUGUGUUUCGGAUAUUGAGGUGUUCGAUAUUAAUAGAUCGGGGUGUCAUUUUACGUGGACUCAAAAACCAAAGAAUGGUGUUGGUGUGCUAAAGAAACUUGAUAGAGUUAUGGGUAAUAAUUCAUUUGUUUCUGAAUUUCCUAACUCGGUAGCUUUGUUUCAUCCUUAUAGACUUUCAGAUCAUUGCCCGUGUCUAUUAAAUAUUCCUACCCCCGGGAAGCCGAAGCCUAGAUCGUUUAAAUUUGCCAAUUUCUUGGUUUUUAAACCGGGUUUCCAGGAGCGUGUUAAGCGGAUUUGGGAUACCCAUGUCGACGGGGUUCCCCAGUUUCAAGUGGUGAAGAAACUCAAGUUGUUAAAAUCGCCUCUUCGGGAGCUUCUUUUUCAACAAGGGAAUUUACACAAGAAAGUCGAAACAAAUCGUCGGGACUUGGAUUCAAUUCAGCUUCAGAUUGAUAUUAACCUGAUGAAUGCGGACCUUCGAAAACAGGAAGCGAAGCUUAACGCUGAUUUUCAGAUCGCCUGUUUAGAUGAGGAACGGUUCUUUAAGCAGAAAUCAAAGGUGGAAUGGUUAUGUGCCGGUGACGCGAAUACAAAGUUUUUCCAUGCUUCUCUGAAGACUAGGAACCACAUGACCCGUAUUGAGGCUAUUUCUAACUCUCAAGGAGUUUUAUUUCACGGUGAAGAGGUCCCAAAGGUAUUUGUCCAUCAUUAUGAGAACUUUCUUGGUCUUGAAGAUAACAUUACUAUGCAGCCGACGCAUGAUCUUUUUGAGAAAAAGUUUCGUAAUGAAGAUGCUACUCACAUGGUUCGCACGAUUACUAGUGAAGAGAUUAUUGGCCCGGAUGUGUCGAAGGCUGUCAUGGAUUUUUUCGGUUCUGGAAAGCUUCUUAGGGAGCUUAAUAACACGUUAAUUGUUCUUAUUCCAAAGAAGUCUACUCCAUCGUCUGUCACGGACUACCGUCCGAUUGCUUGCUGUAAUGUCCUCUACAAGUGCAUUAGUAAAAUUAUUGCGGACCGUAUUAAGAAUUAUCUAAAUCAGGUUGUUAGUAUUAACCAAUCCGCCUUCGUCCCUGGAAGGAGAAUUUCAGAUAAUAUCUUGCUUACGCAGGAGUUGAUGCAUAAUUAUCAUAGGAGCAUUGGUCCUCCUAGAUGUGCGUUUAAAGUCGACAUCCAGAAAGCGUAUGAUACCGUUGACUGGAGCUUUCUUAGGCAAGUUCUUAUUGGGUUUGGUUUUCAUCGGAAAAUGAUUCAUUGGAUUAUGAUGUGUGUAUCCACUGCUACCUACUCGAUUUGUGUUAAUGGGGAAACUCAUGGUUACUUCAAGGGGAAACGUGGCUUAAGACAGGGUGAUCCGUUAUCCCCUUAUUUAUUCACGCUUGUUAUGGAAAUUUUAACAUAUAUCUUGCACCGGGCUACUCGGUUGGAUUCAUCGUUUAGAUUCCAUAAUAAGUGUGAAAAGCAAAAGAUUAUAAAUCUCUGUUUUGCAGAUGAUUUAUUUUUAUUUGCCCGUGGUAAUGUUCGGUCGGCUCAGUGUAUUAUGGACUCCCUUUCUCGGUUUUCUAGCAUGUCAGGUUUGGUCCCUAGCAUCCAGAAAAGCGCGGCCUUCUUUUGCAAUGUCUCAUCUCAUGUCAAAGAUGCGAUUUUGGAUAUCCUGCCGUUUGAGGAGGGUAUGUUGCCUGUCAAGUACUUAGGGGUUCCCCUUAUUUCAACGAGGCUUCGAGUUAAGGAUUGUAGUGAGCUUCUUGAAAGAUUGGAUCAAAGGAUCAAGAACUGGAAAAACAAGUUGUUAUCUUUUGCGGGCAGGUUACAGUUAAUCCUUUCGGUCUUAUCGUCUAUGCAUGUAUACUGGGCUUCGGCUUUUAUUCUUCCUGCUCGGGUUGUUAAUGAGUUAGAGGCGAAAAUGAGGAAUUUCUUAUGGGCCCAGGAGGGUUCCUUUCACCGAGGGAAAGCGAAAGUUUCAUGGAAAGCUGUUUGUGUGCCUAAAUAUGAAGGGGGUCUUGGGAUUCGUCGGGUUGGAGAUGUUAAUAAAGGCCUCAUGGUAUCGCAUAUAUGGAGUAUUCUGAAGCAGAGAGACUCUUUGUGGGUGCAAUGGAUCCAUUCUUAUCGGCUUAGAGGUCGGAAUUUCUGGAAUUGCAAGGAAACAACUACUUGCAGCUGGAGUUGGAGGAAAAUCCUCCAAUUGAGGCCGCUGGUUAAGGAGCAUAUUUGGUCUUCGUUGGGAGUUGGCACUACUAUUUCAGCCUGGUAUGACUCGUGGUGCCAUCUUGGGCCCCUGUCAAACAUUUUAUCGCCUAGGGUAAUCACUAAUGCAGGCUUUCGGAUAGAUGCUAUGGUUGCGGAUGUUUAUACAGGUGAUGCUUGGGCUUGGCCGAAUAUUUGGAGGGAUUUGUUCCCGGUUCUUAAUCAGUUAGAUCAUAUUCGGCCGGAUCAUAAUAAGCGAGACCGUUUGCUUUGGAAGGAUGGAGAUAAUUUGCUGGAUCAUUCGUCCUUUACGGUUUGGGAUUCUCUUCGGAUUAGGGAGCAGGAAGUCAAUUGGGUUUCUAUUGUUUGGUUUCCGCAAUGCAUUCCAAGGCAUGCUUUUUUGGUGUGGAAUUCGGUUCGUGCUAAGGCUGAGAUGGGUGAUGUGGAUCCUAAAUGGUCUUCGAUUGUCAAUUAUUUGAUGACAAGAAGGCGCGUGAAGUCGGCUUCGAGUUAUGUGGCUCGUCUGCUUGUAGGUGCAACAUCUUACAUAAUUUGGCAAGAGCGUAAUGCUAGGCUCUUUAAAAAUCAAACCCGUCCACUGGAGGCAAUAUGUGAAGUAAUCCUCAAGAUAGUUCGAUACAAGCUGAUGGGCAUGAAGUUCAAAUCGAGUGCGACUGUUAAGUGUUUGCUUGGGAAAUGGGGGAUUGAUGAAGACGCAAUAGAAGACAAUGGGGGCUGA